AUUCGGACUUCAAGCGGAACACUUGGCGCACUUUCCACCUCCUAACCAUCGCGAUCGUAUUCCGUGUUUCUAUUUGGUCGGUGCUCUAAAUACUUCUUUCACUGCGUGUAGCUGCAGUCACCCAGAAUGAAGUUUUUUUUGGUGGUCCUGGUGGUCCUUUUCUCGCUGCUGGGAGCGGUUUCAGCGAAUCGCACUUUCACAAUAGACUACGAUAACGAUCAGUUCCUGAAGGAUGGGAAGCCCUUUCGCUUUAUUGCGGGCUCCUUCCACUAUUUCCGCGCACAUCCAGCCACCUGGCAGAGGCAUCUGAGGACCAUGAGAGCCGCCGGUCUCAAUGCGGUGACUACCUAUGUGGAAUGGUCGCUGCACAAUCCCCGCGACGGCGUUUACGUCUGGAGUGGAAUAGCCGAUCUGGAGCACUUUAUACGCCUGGCUGUGGGUGAGGAUCUGCUGGUCAUUCUUCGACCGGGCCCUUAUAUUUGUGCGGAGCGCGAUAUGGGCGGCUUUCCCUACUGGCUGCUCAACAAAUACCCGGGUAUUCAACUCCGCACAGCAGAUGUCAAUUACCUAAGUGAAGUGCGCAUUUGGUAUGCCCAACUGUUUGCCAAAAUCUCCAAAUAUCUGUAUGGAAAUGGAGGACCCAUUAUCAUGGUUCAGGUGGAGAACGAGUAUGGCUCCUAUUUUGCCUGCGAUCUCAACUACCGCCACUGGAUUCGCGAUGAGACCGAGAGCCAUGUCAAAGGUCAGGCGGUGCUCUUUACCAACGAUGGACCCAGUGUGCUGCGCUGUGGUAAAAUCGAGGGUGUCCUGGCCACCAUGGACUUUGGAGCCACCAAUGAUCUGAAGCCUGUCUGGGCCAAGUUAAGAAGGUUCCAGCCCAAGGGUCCGCUGGUCAACGCUGAAUACUAUCCCGGAUGGUUAACCCAUUGGACCGAACCCAUGGCCAACGUGAGCACCCGAUCGAUUACUUCCACUUUUAUAAACAUGCUGGACAACGGUGCCAGUGUCAACUUCUACAUGUUCUACGGCGGCACCAAUUUCGGCUUUACGGCUGGAGCCAAUGAGAUAGGACCAGGGAACUAUAUGGCGGACAUCACCAGCUACGACUACGAUGCACCCAUGACGGAGGCGGGGGAUCCCACGCCCAAGUACCAGGCCCUGCGUCGCAUUAUCGCCCGCUAUCUACCGCUGCCCGAUCAACCCGUUCCCGCACCCGUUCCCAAGCGAUCCUACGGAACUGUACGUCUGACCAGCUGUUGCAGUCUGCUCUCCCCGGAGGCGAGAGCACGUCUCUCGACAGGAUUCGUUCAGGCCACUAAGCCGAAGAGCUUCGAGGCUUUGGGGCAGUACUCCGGCUUGGUGCUCUACGAGACCUGGUUGCCCAGCUUCCAGCGGGAUCCAAGUAUCCUCAAUGUUCCCGGAGUGGCGGAUCGUGGUUAUGUCUAUGUGGACGAUGAGUUUGUGGGCAUUUUGGCCAGGGAGACACCUGUCUUCGAAUUACCUCUAAGUGCAAGUGCCGGGCGGAGGCUGCAGAUCAUCGUGGAGAACCAGGGUCGCAUCAACUUCGGUCGCCAGCUCAACGACUUCAAGGGAAUCCUGCGGGAUGUGCGGCUGGACAAGCAGGUGCUGAGCAAUUGGAACAUGACCCAGUUCCCGCUGGAGUCGUACGAUAAUCUGGAGCAGCUCAUCACCCAGUCGGAUGAGGCAGUUCGUCAGGGUUUCCAGGAGCUGAAGAAGCUGCGGACCAUGCUGCGCACGGGUCCGGCCAUCUACUACGGCCAGUUGGACAUCCAGAAGGAGGCGGAUCUGGCGGACACCUAUCUGGACAUGUCCGGCUGGGGAAAGGGCAUUGUCUUUGUGAACGGCGAGAAUCUCGGUAGAUAUUGGCCCCUGGUGGGACCGCAGGUCACCCUGUAUGUUCCCGCUCCGGUGCUCAAGGUGGGCUCCAAUCGUCUGGUGGUGGUCGAGUACCAGCAGACACCCACCUCGCAGGAGCUGCACUUCCGGGACACACCCAUCCUGAACGCCAGAACCGUUUAGGCCUAAGGGCUUUCGUGCAUCCAUCGCCAUACAUUAUACACACCAUGCAUCAUUCGUUAAUGUAGAUCUAAAUGUAAAUUUAUGCGGUUUAAGUUCUUUGUGAGACAUUAAAGCGACUCCGAGACGGACGCGUCCUGUCUGCCUCGUUAUCCCUUUUGUAAAA